AUGGGGAAUGAGGCCAGUUACCCUGAUGAAAUAUGCCACCCUUUUAGCCCACAGGAAAUUAAAAAGCUGAGCAAGAGCUUCAAGAAGUUGGAUGUGGACCGGUCGGGAACUCUGAGCGUGAAGGAGUUCAUGUCCUUGCCCGAGCUGAAGAAUAAUCCGUUGGUGAAGCGAGUGAUUGACCUCUUCGAUGUGGACGGCAAUGGCGAAGUGGACUUCCAGGAGUUCAUCCAGGGGACCUCUCAAUUCUGUGUCAAGGGAGACGAGGAGAAUAAGUUGAGGUUUGCUUUCAGCAUCUACGACUUGGAUAAAGACGGCUACAUCUCCAACGGGGAGCUCUUCCAAGUUCUGAAGCUGAUGGUGGGAAACAACCUGAGAAGUUGGCAGCUGCAGCAGCUCGUGGACAAAACCAUCAUCAUCUUGGAUCAAGAUGGAGAUGGGAAAAUAUCCUUCGAAGAAUUCAGCAGUGUGGUUCGGGAGCUGGAGAUCCAUAAGAAGUUGGUGGUAGUUGUUUGA